AGAUUGUUUACUCCACCGACAGUUCACCCUCAGCCAUGUUCCGGCACGCCCACUUCCGCCCUGAAGUCCCGCGCUGGAGGCUCAAAGAGCUAAGCUCCACCUCUACUGACGCGCUAGACCACAACCCGUAGCCCUGCCCCUUUACCUGUCCAUCAAACUCGUUCUUGUCCCGCCCCCUGCCUGUAGGACACGCAGCCCUCGGUGCGGCCCGUUGUUAUGACGACAUGGUCGUAAAUCCGCCAUCUUCCUGUGGCGCGUUGCGACAUGGAGGGCGCGAUGGCAGUGCGGGUGACGGCCGCUCAUACGGCAGAAGCCCGGGCCGAAGCCGGGCAUGAAGCGGGCGAGGGCGGGGUUGCAGCGGCGGCGGCCUUGUCCAACGGUGGCUUUCUUGGGCUCCCAGCGCCCUUCAGCGAGGAAGAUGAGGAUGACGUGCACAGAUGUGGACGCUGCCAAGUGGAAUUCACUGCCUUGGAGGACUUUGUCCAGCACAAGAUUCAGAAGACCUGCCAUCGGGCCCCACAAGAGGCCCUGCCCACCACCCCUGCUGCCACUGCGUUGCUGGGCCAGGAGGUGGUGCCAACAGCGGCAGAGGAAGGUCCAGAGGAACCCAUCACUGUGGCCCACAUCGUGGUGGAGGCCACCUCUCUGGCAGAAGACAUGAGCCAUGCUCCUGACCUCGUUGGAAGUGGGCACAUCAAAGAGGUCAUUGUGGCUGCUGAGGCAGAGCCAGGGGAUGGCGAGAUGGCAGAGGCUCCAGGCAGUCCUAACCAUCAGGAACUUGGGCUUAUUGGGGAGGGCGAGCAGGCCCAAGUCAAGCUGCUGGUGAACAAGGAAGGCCGCUACGUGUGCAUGCUAUGUCACAAGACCUUCAAAACGGGCAGCAUCCUCAAGGCUCACAUGGUAACACACAGCAGCCGCAAGGACCACGAGUGCAAGCUCUGUGGGGCCUCCUUUCGGACCAAGGGCUCUCUGAUCCGGCACCACCGACGGCACACUGAUGAGCGUCCCUACAAAUGUGCCAAGUGUGGAAAGAGUUUCCGAGAGUCAGGCGCACUGACUCGGCACCUCAAAUCUCUCACUCCAUGCACAGAAAAGAUCCGUUUCAGCAUAAGCAAGGACACAGCCGUGGGCAAAGAGGAAGUGCCUGCAGGGUCCAGUGCCUCCACUGUGGGGACAGUGACAUCGUCAGUGGCAGGAGAACCCAUGGAGACAUCACCUGUGAUUCACCUGGUGACAGAUGCCAAGGGCACUGUCAUCCAUGAAGUCCAUGUCCAGAUGCAGGAGCUUCCCCUGGGCAUGAAAGCCCUGACCCCAGAGUCGGCAGACUGUGAGGAGCUUCCCUGCUCCCGUGAGAACAGCCGGGAGAACCUGCUACAUCAGGCCAUGCAGAAUUCUGGCAUCGUCCUCGACAGGGUUGCUGGGGAGGAGAGUACCCUGCAGCCAGCCCCUCCUUCUGGGUCCAGUCCCCAGUCCCUGGGAGAUGGAGCCCCAGAGCUGCCACUGCUGGAGGUGGAGCAGAUAGAGACACAGGUAGCCAGUGAGGCCACCACUGUGCCCAGGACCCACCCGUGCUCUCAGUGCAGUGAGACUUUCCCAUCAGCGGCUACCUUGGAGGCCCACAAGAGAGGUCAUAUAGGGCCGAGGCCAUUCACCUGCACACAGUGUGGCAAGACCUUCCCCAAAGCCUACCUGCUCAAGAAGCACCAGGAGGUGCAUGUGCACGAGCGCCGCUUCCGUUGUGGAGACUGUGGGAAGCUUUAUAAGACCAUUGCUCAUGUGCGGGGCCACCGGCGUGUCCACUCCGACGAGAGGCCUUUCCCUUGUCCCCAGUGUGGCAAGCGUUACAAGACCAAGAAUGCCCAGCAAGUGCACUUCCGGACACAUUUGGAAGAAAAGCCCCACGUGUGCCAGUUCUGCAGCCGAGGCUUCCGGGAGAAGGGCUCUCUAGUGCGGCAUGUGAGGCACCACACCGGCGAGAAACCUUUCAAGUGCUACAAAUGUGGCCGUGGCUUCGCAGAGCAUGGCACACUCAACCGGCACCUGCGCACUAAAGGGGGCUGCCUGCUCGAAGUGGAGGAGUUGCUGGUAUCCGAGGAGAGCCCCUCUGCGGCUGCUACUGUGCUUGCAGAAGACCCCCACACGGUGCUGGUGGAGUUCUCAUCUGUGGUGGCUGACACCCAAGAGUACAUUAUUGAGGCUACUGCGGAUGACACGGAGACCAGCGAAGCCACUGAGAUCAUUGAGGGCACGCAGACAGAGGUGGACAGUCACAUCAUGAAGGUGGUCCAGCAGAUCGUGCACCAGGCUGGCGCUGGGCACCAGAUCAUCGUGCAGAAUGUGACCAUGGACCAGGAGGCAGCACUGGGCUCAGAGGCAGCUGCCGCGGACACGAUCACCAUUGCCACUCCUGAGAGUCUGACUGAGCAGGUGGCCAUGACGCUGGCUUCAGCCAUCAGUGAGGGCACUGUGCUCACAGCCCGGGCAGGGCCGAACAGUACUGAACAGGCCACUGUGACAAUGGUGUCAUCAGAGGACAUCGAGAUCCUUGAGCACGGAGGGGAGCUGGUCAUUGCUUCACCAGAGGGCCAGCUUGAGGUGCAGACAGUCAUUGUAUAGUUUGAGGGACUCUGUGGAAGAGUGAGAACCCCGAGUGUCUGCCCACGCCCGUCUGGUCAGAAGACAUCCACGUUCAGGCAGCCAGAGGAGAGAGAGCGUGAACACGUACUCAGUUUUGUUGUUUUUUUGUUUUGUUUUGUUUUCUGCUUUACAAUAAAACUUAAAAAACCUGCAGCUUGUUGUGUUGGGUAGAGGCAGCCUCUGGGGCUGGCACAACUGUCUCCAUAGGUACCCUCUGGACACACUUGCCCGCUCAGGCCACCCUCUAGCCACACACUUGGCUUCCAGCCCUGGUGGCGCCUCAAGGCGCGUGGGUGUCUCUGGCAUGAAGACAGACAGCCUUAUGCCCUACCUAGCUGGGUCUGUGACUCGUUUUCACAGGCCUGCUAGGGUGUGAGGUGUGCCCUCUCAGCUUCCAAAUCUGGGACUGCCAGGGGUUAAGGGGUUGGUCUAGAGACCUGGGACCUUGGGUCAGACAGAGUGGCUGAUGCUGUCCUCUGUGAUAGGCAGGUUUGGAGAAGCAGCAGAAGACGGCAGAGCAGGCUAGGGCUGGUCUUUCUUGAUUUCUCAGCCUGUUUCCCUGGGGGAAUGCAGCUCAAGGAAGAAUGAGAAGUUGGCCAUGGGCAUGGAUGUCCCUGUCAUUAGAGUGCUGAGGUGGCUAGGGGCUUUUGCCCUGAUUCUCAGUUAAUGGAAGUGGCUUAGUAUAUGCUCUGUCCCUUGCCUCUUGGGUCUCUGGGACAGGAGCCAGUUCUGGAAUCCACUCCAUGGAAGGGGUGGUUCCCAUGGUGGCCCAGCCCCUUCCUGGUCCAGGGCCUCAAAUACCUGAGUGCUUUGAAGUCAGAGCUGGUAGGUCCGAGACUGCAGUUCAUCUUGGGCCAUAUUAGGCCCUCAGUCUGCACUGCAUCUCAGUGACUCGGGACCUUUGAGUUUCUGACUUUAUUCACAAUCCAGGUAAGUCCAAGGGGCUGAGCUAGAGGCUACAUGGGAAUAGAAUCUUUCCAUCCUUGCAAUGACAUCACUGCCCCAUACACACUGGAGAAACAUGGAGUGUGUCAGGAUGCAGGCCAACUCUGGGUACCAGAUCUAGCUGGUCUACAGGCAUGCUAUGACCUGGUAUGGGCUGGUGUUACUCUGGGACAUUACUGUCUUCAGGUUUUCUGCUUUGCCAUGGGUUGGCCCUGGGCCCCGCUGACGGCAUUUUGGGCCCUGGGGAUCAUGGGGGCCACAGCACUGCGUAUCGGAGCCUUCAAUGUUCAGAGCUUUGGAGACCAUAAAGCAUCAGAUCCAGACUGUGGCAGUGUCAUAGCACAGGUGAGGCCCAGUGGGGUGGGGACGGGCUGGAGACAAUGGAGGGUGAGUGGGAGAGGGAGGGUUUGAGUAGAUGGGGACCAGGAGCUAAGAUCUGGGCAAUUAGGCUCUGGGACAGUGCAUCUGUGGGUUCUUCCUCCAGAUUCUGGCUGGCUAUGACAUCGCCCUGGUGCAAGAAGUGCGAGACCCAGACCUAAGUGCAGUGUCCUUGCUCAUGGAGCAAAUUAACAGCAUGUCGAAGCACGAGUACGGUUUUGUGAGCAGCAAGCCACUUGGACGUGACCAGUAUAAGGAAAUGUAUCUAUUUGUCUACAGGUGAGAGGCGGGUUGCGGGGAGGGGACACUGGGGCAGCGGUGACCAGAUCCACAGACACCUUGUUCUCUGUUGCUCCCAGGAAAGAUGUAGUGUCAGUGGUGAGCACGUACCAGUAUCCAGACCCAGAGGAUGCUUUCAGCCGGGAGCCUUUUGUGGUCAAAUUCUCAGCUCCUGGCUGUGGUGAGCUCAUACCCCCCCCCACACACACACCUCCCUCUUACAGGCUUUCCUUGACUCUCACAUCCCCACUUUCCACAGCCGCCAAGGAGCUAGUGCUGAUCCCCCUCCAUGCAGCGCCAAACCAGGCGGUGGCGGAGAUCGAUGCGCUCUAUGACGUGUACCUCGAUGUGAUUGACAAGUGGAACACGGAUGACAUGCUGUUUCUGGGUGACUUUAAUGCUGAUUGCAAGUACGUGAAGGCGCAUGACUGGCCUUCGAUCCGUCUCCGGAGCAGCCAAGUGUUUAAGUGGCUCAUCCCAGACAGUGCGGACACCACAGUGGGCAACUCAGACUGCGCCUAUGACCGGAUUGUAGUGAGUGGCGCCCACCUGCGCAAGAGCCUGAAGCCGCAGUCAGCCUCAGUUCACAACUUUCAGGAGGAAUUUGACCUAGAUCAGACCCAGGCUCUUGCCAUCAGCGACCAUUUCCCUGUGGAAGUGACUUUCAAGCCUCACUGAGAGCCAAGGCCUCAGGAUAUGCCACCUGCGAACUAUGACCCAAAGGAAUGGCACCAUAAUGAAUCAUUCAGGGUGGCAGGCCACCCACCCAUUGAGGAUACAGGGUAGAACCAGCUAGUGUGGACAACAGCUAUGAACACAUUACAGGAUUCCUUAAGGCUCCCGUUUCCUCAUCUGCAAGGUGGACUAAUAUCUCCUACCUCAUCGGGCUGCUGUGAGAACCCAGGAAGGGACCAGAGCAUUGAGUGCCGAGCGCACAGCUGCAUGCUUAAUAAACAAGCCGCUCUCAGCCAGGACUGCCCACAGGUCAGAUGAGGCCUCUAUGUGACGAGACCUCUGUACCUAGGCUGCAGAGCUUGGUCUUAAUGUUCA